UGGGUUGAGAAAUUAAAAGCACAGUCUUUCCCAAAAGCUGAUGAUCAAAUGCAAAUAGUGUUUCAACAAAUUCUUUGCUUCUCAACUCUCCAUUGACUGUAGUCCGUGCGCAGUGAACAAGGAGUAGAUCAGACAAACAGAGAAAGGGAGAGAGAGAGAAUGACAGUUCUAGGCGACGAUGGGAAAGGAUACGAGCUAGCAAGAAAGCUCGAGAGCUGCGGGACAUGGCGGAAAUGGCUUGGCGACUCACUCUACUCCAAUUUCGUCCACUCUCUCUCCUCUCCAUCUUCUUGGGAAGCUUUCAUGGCUACCGAUGACUCAAAGUCAAAGUCAAAGUCUCAUAUCCAACUUCAGCUUCGUGUUCGUGCUCUUCUUUUCGACAAAGCCGCUUUCUCUCUCUUCCUUCCUUCCUCCGUUUCUCUUCCAUCUUCUUCUUCUUCUCUCGUCUCACUUCUCAAUCCCAAUUAUUUGCAAUUGCAUGCUGAUGAUGUUUAUUUCACUCUGGAGGAUGGUGUUCCUCAGCGCGAUUCCAAGGUUCAAUCGCAGAGAUUCAGACAGGAAGAUUUUCCAGAAACAUGGUAUCAUCAGUUUAUUGAGAAUUACAGGACGAGCAAGCCAUACAUGGUAUCAUUUCCAAAUCAAGAAUCUGACAAGCGCAAUCCCAGUGAGAUGUCUAAUUACCUGAAACUUACGGAGAGUCAUAAGAGGAGGAGAAUAGUGUUCAACAAUGAUGAAACCAGAGGAUUUGGUAACUCCAGUUCUGAGAAUAGGAUGCAACCUAAUGCAAUUUUGGAUGAGGAUAUAUCUGGCAGCGACAGCACUUGUUUCUUUCCAGAAACAAUGUUUAUGAUGAAUUGCGUACCAGAUAGUGCGUUUGCACCAAGAACAUCAAGUGAUGAUGAUAAGCAGAAAGUAGAACUUUAUGGAGUCCUUGAUAAAUUGCCACAAGUGACAACAAAGAGUUCUAUUAUGCUUGAAAGGCUUGGUAUCAGGCCUGACUAUCUAGAACAGGGGCCUGGUCAAUCCCGCACAAAAGGUGGCUUGGAUGGCAACAGAAGACAGCUAGGUCAUGAACAAGCAAUGCAGGUGUCUAAGAAGGUGAUUGCCCGUGUUUUAACAAAGGUGGGAUUUGAAGGUUCCUCUGAAAUUCCGGUUCGAGUCUUAUCCCAGUUUCUCAGCUGCCAUGUCUCUAAACUAGGUAGCAUAUUGAAAGUCCUUGCUGAUAGCUACAAAAAGCAGUGUUCAGCGAUGGAACUGAUUAAAAUGUUCCUCCACGUAACAGGAAACAGUAACCUUGCCAGUUUAGCAGCAUAUGUGAAGGAGACUAGGAAUGUUGUGCAGCAAACUCAACAGCAUAUUCAGGGCAUGCAGUCUCAGCUUCCAUUACUACAACAGAAUACACUGCAGCUCCCCCAACAGAUACCCCGACAAAUAAACCCGCAAAUGCCUCAGGUGGUUCAUUCCCAGAAUCUGACCUUACAGCAACAACAACAGUUGGAGAGAAUGCAAAGGCGGCAGGUGUCUUCUCCGCGUCCAGUCAUGAGCAUGGAGAAAGAUCGUCCCAUGGUUCAGGUGAAGCUGGAGAACCCACCUGAUUUACCUUUGGAGAAUAAUGCAUUUAAUGUAUUGAACAGCAGACAAGCCCAACAAAUUCAAUGGCGGCAGCAGCAGCAGCAGCAGCAAGUUUUUCAAAGGUUCAUGGGAUCGACUGGUAACCAAAUGAGGCAGCCAGCUAUGCAGAUACCGCAAAUACAAUCGCCGACUACUGGCACUGUUAGGGCACCACCAGUGAAGGUUGAAGGUUUCCAAGAAUUGAUGGGUGGUGGGGAUACCUCAUUGAAGCAAAAUCCAGAUGAGAAUAAGCUGACUUCCCCUUCAAAGUAGACGGAUCCUGAUUUUUGUCCCAGAGAAUCUGUGAUUGGUGGUUGCCUACAAAUUUGGAGGGCGCAAUUAAAGCAUGGGACAUGAUACAAGGAUAUCAACACCCACAAAUAGGUUCCUAAAGAAAAUAUGAAAAUCCCAAAACAAAAGAUUGCUUUUGACUAGGUUAUAUAAACUCUGAUGCCAUCUGCUAACCUAAUAUCAACAUUAGGCCUCAGGUAUGGGUCUGUUGUUGUAAAGGUACUCCUCGAAAUUCUCCACAUAUUGGUUUUGCAAGUCUUUAUCAGCAACAAUUCUGCUCAUUUUCUUUGCCUCAUCUCUGUAGAUCUUUCCAAAUAUGUCCUCAAACACCACCUUCAGUGAUUCUGCUACUGAAUUUUUAGUGAAUGAUCCAUCUUUACUGUUCCUUGGUAUUUCUAUUCCAACUUUCUUCUCUUCCAUAACUCUUGCGUUUAUCCCUUGAUCCAAGACAAAUGGUAGCAUAACCAGCGGUCUUCCGAACUGAAGUCCCUCUAUUAUGGAACUCCAACCACAAUGAGUCAAGAAAGCUCCCACUGAGUCAUGAGCCAAUAUUUUGCUUUGAGGUGCCCAAUUUUUCCAAACCAAACCCUGAUCUCGUGUUCUCUCUUCAAACCCAUUCGGAAGCUCUAUCUGUGUAGUUGCUUGUUUCGGUAGAGCCCAGAAGAAGGACAGCAUGGACAGCUCCAAUCCAAGUGCCAACUCGGUGAUGUCAUCUUGACUUGGAACAAACUCGCUCCCUAAGGCUACAUAAACCACUGAACCAUUUAUGUGUUUGUUCAGCCAACCCUUAAUUGACUGCCAGGUAUCAUCAUUACCCCUUUUUCCUUCUUCUACCAAGGUUGGCAACAAGCCUACAGGAAUUACAGGCUUUCUGUGAAGCUUUUCUAGAAGUUGCAAGUAUUCAGUUUCAAGCUCCCUGCAACUACGUAUGGCAAAUACAUCACAGUCACGCACUGAAGAUCCACUACGGAACAUAUCUGAUACACCAGAAGCAUUUGGGUGUGCAGCACUAAUGCUCUUCUUUGCUUCGUGGAACCGGUAAACAACUUUGUUUGGGAAUGGGAUCCACUCGAGUGGACUAGUCAGGGUCUCAGGGUUACUCCAUGUCCCAGCACCAUCCUUGAUCAUAUUUGAUGCUGGACCGAAAGUUGCAGAGCUCCAGCCAUUCAUUAAUGAAAGGAAGACUUUGCGAAUACCUAGUUUGUCAGCAAUUGGAGGUAGCCAGUAGCUAGGGAAGUCAUAGAUGAUCCAGUCUAUUGGAGAAGAAGCUUCCAGAAACCUUUCCAACGGCUCUUUUAGGCCGUCAUAGGCUUUCUUGAGUAACUGUACAUCAUCAAAGGGCACGUCUGAGGUGGCCUCAGCAUCAGGGGGUAGCUUUUCAAUUCGAGGCAAUGGAAGAGGAACUAGCUUGAUUAAUGGAACUAAGUUUUGAGGGAUUUUAGGGAGGAGGCGCUUAAGAUUUAAUGGAGCAGAUACAUACGAUAUGUGGUGUCCCUUGGUAGCCAAGUGCUUUGAAAGCUCCAGGAAUGGAAUCAUGUGACCAAAUGCAAUCCAUGGGAAAACAAUUAUGUGAAGCUCCUUCCUGUUAUCCAUGGCUUUUGAGCAACUGUGAGGAAGGUAGAGGUAAUGGACAGAUUUCAGAAGCACCGGGAAAUCAAAAUUUUGUGGAUAAGCUUUGCCGCUGAACUUUGGUUGUUCUAUCAAGGGGUAUUGUUGGCAAGAAUGAAGAAUGGACACCUGUUUAGAUUGAGUUACUAUAUGGAAAGCUCAACAGUUUUACAUCUGUAAGAAUUUUGAAAUAAAAUACUCUGUAUUAAAAUUAUUUUUCUGGGAAUAAUUGUUUUGACA